AUGGUAGGAGAAGUAGACGAUGUUACGUUGCCGAAAGCUACGGUACAAAAAAUCAUAUCGGAGGUGCUGGAUUCGGACCUUACGUUCAGCAAGGAGGCACGAGAGAUAAUAAUAGAGUGUGGUGUGGAGUUUAUCAUGAUGUUGGCUGGGUCUGCCAGCGAGAUUGCGGACAAAGAGUUGAAGAAGACGAUAGCGCCAGAUCACGUGAUCAAAUCAUUGCAAGAUCUUGAGUUUGAUGAGUUCAUACCACCAUUGGAGGAGAUAUUGCACCAGCACAAGGAGAACCAGAAGAUAAGGGAGAGACGAGAUGCGAAGUUCAAAAAGUCUGGGCUUUCGGAAGAGGAAUUGCUACGACAACAAGAGGAGUUGUUCAGACAGUCCAGAUCGAGAUUGCAGCAAACGUCUUCUGUGUCGGACGUUUCCGGUAAUGAGCCGGAAACUGGUUUGAAAACCGAAGAGUUUUGA